UUUCUUUAAACGACACGGUUUCAUUAUUGUUCUCUGCCUUGCGUUUUCUCAGCGCAGAUUGAUCCUUCAAUCUCACCUGAACUUGAAGCCGGAAAAGUGAUUUGAAAUCGGGUGAAGAUGAAGAAGAUUGAUCUGAAGAAGGUAGCUCGUAAGAUCGAGGUCGACAAUCGUAUUCCUCUCCGUAACUACUACCGCAUCGCCGAUAAUCUCCUCCGCCAGGCCGGAAUCUAUCGGGAAGAGAAGAACGUUGUAGAUUUGUAUAUCAUGCUCCUUAGAUACUCAAGUUUGAUUUCUGAGACGAUUCCUUUCCACCGAGAUUACCAGGCGUCGCUUACGCAAGAAAGACUUGGGAGUAGGAAGAGGCUUCGCGCUGUAAUCAAUGAGCUUGAGUCUCUGAAGCCGGAGUUCGACAGGCGAGUGGAUGAGCUGAACAGAGCCGAUGAUGAAUCGUAUAGUGUUGUUGGAAUUGGUUUCCCGGUCGUAUCGUAUAGUUCAGAUGCUGUUGAGUGGCCUCCUGUCAACAGAGCUUCAUACUUUAGACCUGGUGAUAUUAACAAGCCAGUAAGGCCGACAACAUCUCAAGCAACGUAUAACGCCGCUAAUCUGACUUCAUCUUCAAAUCGUACACCGAUUGAUCAGCAAUUCCAGAAGCUAUCUUUUGAUUUUCUGCCCCCAAACCAAGCGACCUUAUCUAGACAUUCAUUUCUAGGUCCAAAUGGUCUUAAAAGUCAGUGGGUUGCACCCAAGUCCGAGAUAAAGGUUCAAUAUCCGAGUAGUACCGAUUGGGGUUCUGCUGAAAAUUCAGGGUUGAUUGACGCUGGACCUAGCGCUUCCUCAACAUCACUUAAUGGUGAUUCUCAAGGGGUCUCUACGCUGAACUCUGUGCUCUCUUUAGAUGAUGGUCGAUGGCAGCGUCAUUCGGAGGCGGUAACUUCCCAGUUUGUAAGUGACGCAACUGAAGACCCCUUUCAGUUUGUGGGUAUGAAGCAACCUUCCCCUCCUCCGGUGCUAGCCCAAGUGCACCAAGAAUACGCUCAAAUUUGCCCAUCUAAAGUAGCUGAUCCUAGACCAGGACCUGCACUUCCUUCUUUAGAGGAAAAAGAGGGCAGCAAUUCUUAUCAGCAUUUGCAUGUGCCUGUGCGGAUAAUGGAAGAUUUCUUAAGGCUAGCACGGUCAAACACAGAAAGGAAUUUAGAAACUUGUGGAGUGCUUGCUGGCUCUCUGAAAAACAGGGUGUUUCAUAUCACUACUCUCAUAAUCCCAAAGCAGGAGUCUACCUCAGAUUCUUGUCAAACACUAAAUGAAGAAGAAAUAUUCGAAGUUCAGGACAGACUCUCUUUAUUUCCCUUGGGUUGGAUUCAUACACACCCUACACAAACUUGCUUCAUGUCAUCUGUUGAUCUUCACACACACUACUCGUAUCAGAUAAUGCUCCCGGAGGCAGUAGCAAUCGUGAUGGCUCCAACAGACGAAACAACACCUCACGGAAUAUUCCAUCUGUCGGAUCCAUCAGGAGUAUCAGUGAUCCGUAAUUGCCAGCAGCGAGGCUUCCACCCGCACGAAGAGUCAGAAGACGGUAACCCAAUCUACGAGCAUUGCUCACACGUCUUUCUCAACGCCAAGCUCAAAUACGAAGUCCUCGACCUCCGCUAAAACCAUUCCACUCACCCAGUCACAGCCAUGUUUCUAUUUUAAACCUCAGAGAGAUCAGAUUACAAAAAUAUUAAUAUGUUGAAGACCCUACCAAGUGGCUGAGAGCCAACUUGAAUGAUUACGAUUGUGUUAAUAUGAUAUUGACUCCAAAAACGAAUAUACUACUUUACAUAUUCGUAUUAUACCA